AAUAGCACGAGGUAUAUUGCAUCAUGGACAGCCACUUGAAGUCGCGCCGCGAAUCACUGGGCCGCCCGCCGUCAUCGCCACGAACGCCCAAGCUGCACGCCAUCGCCACUGGGACUGCUCUGCGUACGCGUGAGCAAGCGCGUCUUGAGCUUCGUCAAGCUUCAGACCGCGAAAAUGCACCGAAUCCGUCGCCGUGCGACGAGUCGUCGACGGAAAUGGACGCGAACAACCAUGAACGGUUAACUUCCAGCAGCGAUACAGGCGGCGGUGACGAAGACAAUGUUUCUCCGAACAUUUUCGAACAGUCCAGAAUGCAUGUGGACGAGGAUGAAUUGCUGGAAUUGCGUCGGAGGCCUCCCGUGGCUUUCGUGGUCCGGAAUGCUGCGACGAAGGAGGAAGAAAUGCAAGCUGCAGCUACGACGACAGACUCAACAGUAGCUAGACCGAAGAGAGGACAGAGCUGGCACUCACCUGUGCAUGUGCCUCUUUCCCACCGCAAACUGGUGCAGCCGCCUGAGAUUUUCAGAGAAGACCCACCGUUCCAACCCAUUGCGCCACGCGCACCGACCAGCGCGAGAAUGGGAAGAUGGCGCGGUAAAGCUGGUAAUACACCAGGUAGAAUGACAUUGAAUCCGACAAAAUUGACACCAAUGGCGAGUCCGACGCCAGAAACUCGAGACCAACUCUCAGACCGCGCGUUUGUACGGAAGCUUCGGGAGAAGAACCAGGAACUAUUUGAUCGGUUGGUACAGAGAUUUUCUACGCUAAGACGUGUGAGUAUCCAAGAGCAGGAAAGUCACAACAGAACCGACAACAACGCUCUGAAACUUUCAGGCGUUGAGGAUGCGAUCCUGUUCUUCUUAGACGCCAAGCACAAGCAUGAUGUCUUGUAUUUCAAGCGAAAACAUACGAGGGGAGCGAAAUCCGCCGAGACUGCAAAAAUUUCGCUCGGAUUGUCGUCAGCUUCUGCCACUAUGGGAAAGUAUAUGCCGUACGACUUGGAGCGUGUGGACGAGGCUCCUAGAUCUGGUGCAGGAGAUUAUUUCAUGAUGACUUGUUCGUCUCUUGUGCACCACACGAACAACAACGACAGCGACGUGUCUGGAGAGGUCAUCCCGUUGUCGCAGUGGAUCAUGGAGAGCAAAAUGUUCUCGCUACUUCUCGCUGGAAUUCCUCUCUUCCAGAAAUUUCUACUUAGGAAAACGUUCGUCGGGUGGGUGCGUGCUAUUCGUCGCACUAUUUACCGUGACAACUGCAAGCAGAUCGCUCACUGUCUGCCGUUCGCGCGUCAAUCUUUUGUCCGCUCGAUACUCCAAUCCAGUCGCGCUCUUCGUGACAUCCAGAGAAUCCGAUCGUUAACGUUACCGACCACUCGACCGGCAGUUGAUCUCGUUACAGUGCAAGAGCAUCAGAAGGAGCAAUUAGCAAUGGCAGAAAUGGGUCUGAUCGAUGCGAAAGAAAACCUUUUAGGUCUCAUGGAGGAAAUGGUGCAGAAAAUCUACGACGAUCUGGAUCCUCCGACCAAUUUGGACGAACUAUACAGCGCUGAAGCCACGUCGGUCCGCACUAUCAACACCAAGUGGAAAUCAGCGCCAAUAGCUGCCAUGCGUCAGCGUAAAACCGCUCUGCAACGUCAAAAAGACGCAGCAACGCACGACAUUUCGUUGCUGGAGACGUACAUUCGAGUGCUGGAUUAUAUGUUUACGGAGAGUCUCUACUUGAUGAUUAUCUACUGUGUCCGACACUUACGCGAACAGUUAUCGGCUGAGGAGAACUCAGGUGCUGUCUGUGCUGCAGUGGCGAUUAUUGGAGACUCACUGGAACUCACGCCGUCAUUUGAGCAGACUAAACACAUUUUCUUGGACGGAUUAGCUCGACUCAUCCGUCUCGUGAGCAAUUUCCACUUUACUAAAAACGCCACGACGUGGAGCAACAAUCGAGGCACGGGGCUAUUAGCCGUCGUCGCUGAGUCGUUCGAAUCCAACUUGUUCUCGUCGGAAUUCGACUUACAAUCGGUUCUCCGAAAAGACCCAAAAUUCGACAAAAUAACGAGAGAAUUAGUCUCCGAGCUGGCUCUGUGGUUUGAUCGAGCCACUCAACAAAUGCUCACAUUUGAGUCGCUACGUGUGAUUUAUGUCGAGGUGCAAUCGGUGCAAAAGCCUCGAGGAACCGACCAAAGUGCUGGAAACCAAUCGAAUCUCACUCGCCUCAUUGGAAUCUCCGGUGGUGAACUGUCCCGUUUCUUAAAGAAUAUCGCGAACCGUCUGAAUGUGCUCGACCGCUCGCAAUAUGCGUGUCAAAAGGUGCAGUCGAGCUGGAAAGUGGGGUUUCUCGAAAUUCAGUGUCGAAAUUCCAUUUCCGAAAUUUUAGAACUCAUUUCUCAAGAACGCAAUUUACUACACCAAAAACUGUACGCACUGGCAGUUGAAGGGGUCACAGAAUGUGUCAGUGUGUUACAACGAGCCACGUUACUAUUGGAGGACCGUCCGCAACUAAUUGAGUUUUUCUGUGAGCAAAUGAAGCAGGUUCGACUGCUCAAAGAGGGAGAAAAACAACUGAAUCAAAAUAUUCGCAACGUGGAUGAAACAGUUCGAGCUUUGAAGCGGUUCGCGCCCUCGUUGGGGUCGGAUAUUUCUCCUCAACACAACGCCAUGCACCAGUUUUUAGGCAAAUACACGACGCUUAUUCAGUCGCACGCCAAAUUUGCAGCUAAAGUCCUGCCCAAUAUCACGUACCAAGUCAACUCUGCGUUGCAGAAAUAUUCACUAAGAUGCCAGAAAUUGUUGACAGUGUACGAUGAAUUCUCCGACAUGGAAGAACAGGGAGACAUGGAGAAGAAUGUGGGAGUGUUCCAGGAAGUUGUACGUGAAUUGUCAGCGAUUGAGAAAGCCACAAAGUUGUACCAAGAAUACCAAAAAAUGGUCGGACUAAAAGUGGUAGAGAUCCCGUCGUUGGCCGAAGCCAUGACCAAGUGGGGGGAGGUACAGGAGUUAGUGAAUUUUACCUUACAGUGGCUAGCAGCAAUCAACUCGAUGGAAAACGGAAUUUUCAGCGAACAAAACUGGGAAGUUCAUGCCGACAAAGUUCACAGUUUCUUGCCAAUAAUUCGAGAGCUGCAAAGCCGGGAACGCGCUGGCUUUGCAGAUAAAAUGCUGGGGAACAUCUACCAAGCUGUGAUCGAUUACUUGAGAAAACUGAGUUUAGUGAAGGAAAUGGCUCAACCGUGGGUGAAAAUCCACCAUUGGAAGGAGAUUCUAAAACUCAUGAACAUCCUCAACUACGUUUCGAGCAUCGGCGUGUUGAUUACCGACGGAUAUACAGUCACGUUAGGGUUCCUUCGCAGUCGAGAUCUGUGGAAAUAUGAAUUACAGAUCCGAGAAAUCACUCAGAAAGCGCAUCACGAUGCAGUAACAGAGAAGAAGCUCAAUGCGAUGAAAUGUCGACUGCAGGACGCGGUGCUGCCUAUAAUUCGUGUCCAUGACUCGCACGAGCUCGACCUGCCGCGUGCGAUUCAAUUGCUCGAAUCAUUCGAGGACGAUCUGCUUACGAUUCAGUCGUUAGCUCAAGUUACAGCAUCGGGUUCUCUGCAAUUCCAGCUUGUGCAGUGGCGUGACGAAGUUCGUCACUGUGAAGAAGUGCUGGAUAAAUGGAUCAUAGUUCAACGAAGUCGCACGAAGCUGAGUCUCUUGUUCUCGCUUCGAGAUGUCCAGCACAGUGUCACGGACGCAUCUUUCGAGUUCCAAGCGAUAGAUCGUAAGUGGAGAGGCAUGAUGCACUCAGCGAAAGGGACGGCAUCUUUGUCUAUCUGUCUGCGUGAAGUGGUUACUAUUGGUUUUCUUGUUGGAGCUCAGGAAUCCUACGCCAAGUUGUGGCUUCAAUUAGGAACGUAUCUGGACGAAAAACGCAAAUAUUUUCCUCGAUUUAACUUCCUAUCCAACCACGAUUUAUUCCAGCUCAUAAUAUACGCACGGGAUCCGAAACAUUUGCCUCGAAUGGUUUCAAAGUGUUUUCGAGGGAUUCAAUCUCUUCGAAUGAGGAGGACGACAAUGGAACUGGUAACAUCUACCGGUAGCAGCGGUACUGGGAUUAAUGAGGAGAGGGCAGAAGACGACGUGGCGGUCUCUAGUCUGCAGGCUGGUGUUGAUAUCGACGCCAUCUACGGCGCCGCAGAAGGAGAAGAGCUGCCGAUCAAGCCCUUGCGCGUAACUGCGAACUCUCAAUUCUGGAUGAAAGAGCUGGACGAACGUGUGAGUGUAGCUGUGGUGGAGGCAGUCAAUAGCGCUAUGAAUGGGAGUAUCGUUACCUUGUUUGAAGACAAUCUGGAGUCGCUGAUCAAGCCUCGAUCAAGCGCAUCGAAUAGGAGAGUGGAGACAUGUACGGACAGUGCGGACAACAUUUUAUGUACGACCGAGUUGAACGCACAAACGGAUGAUCGCGAGUGGACUGAUUAUCCCCUUCAAGUUGUGCUUCUCUGCGUUCACAUCCUCGUCACUCACGAACUUAGUCCGUUAGUGCGUCUCGAUCGUACAGGUGGCGCAUGGCAACGCUUUUGGCAGGUUUUCGAACAAAAAAAGUCAAAUUUGAUCGAGUUUCUUGCACGCCGAGCGUCCAGUCCAAGAGAACGGUGGAUUGCCAGCUCCAUUUUGACUCUACUACUGAAUCAAUCGCAAGGAAUUCGAGAACUGUACGAGGAUCAACCAUUGACAAUAGUCAGUCAGUCAGCCGAGACUGCAACACAUCAGACAGAUAGUGACGUCUCUAUUCACCAUUACAGUUAUGCAGCUGGAGAUUCUUUCACGUGGACAAAGUUGCCGCGGUUUUACUACGAUCCGUUCGAGAAAAAGUGUACGAUUCAUCACUUGGUCAAGACAUUCCGGUACGAAUACUCGUUUAUUGGCAGCUACACGAGUCCAGUGCUGACUCCUCUGUGCACUCGAACGGUAUUAGCGAUGAGUACUGCGUUAUCGCUAGAACACGGACUGUUAGUGCAUUCUUUAAGUGAUGGUGGGAGCGGCAGAAAGCGGACACUUGUGCGUGAGUUAGCCGCAAUGGUCGGUCGGGAAUGUAUCGACUUCGACUACUCUAACGGCCUCACUCUUACUCACUUUAAGCGGAUUUUACGCGGUGUUCUUCAAAGCAAUUCGAUGUGGCUUUUAUUUUCUGGUAUCGAAGUGUCCAAAAUGUUGCGGAUAUUCGCACAGGAGAUGAACCAAAUUGUAGACGCUUUGAGAGCGCACCAGAAUUGUCUCGUUCUAGAUGGCUCUCCAGUGGACAUCACGAACAAUGAACUGGCUGUUGUAGUAACCUGUUCACUUGACUACCAACACACCCAUCACCAACAGAUUUUCUUACGUCUCUCAAGUUGUUUCGCUCCGAUUGCCUGUUCAAGUGCCAAUUCCGAGUUCAUAGUGGAAGCUUUACUACUUGUGAAUGGAUUUAAGGACGGGAAAGAGCUCAGUGAUAAGUUGAAGACGUUGUUUUGUCUCCUUGUGGACGACUGCAUUCCAUUUAUCAAGGAUUUGCCACAAAACCAACUUAGUUUUUCUUUCGCAAUUGUCCGAAAUGUCACGCAUCGGUUGGAUACAAAUGUCUGGCAAUCAGCUGAGAAAUCCCUCGUAGCUGCAAUUUGGGAUGAAAUUCACACUAAAAUUUUACCAGAGAGACGAGUGGCUUUUCUGAAAUGUAUUCGUACAAUUUUCCCACAUGCAGUAGAUCUAGAGAUAAACGCGUUUGGAACGUUGGUGCUGCGAACUCCAACUGGAAAAUCCACUACAGUUUCGUCAGAUUUUUGUGAAAACUCAGCAAAUGACGAAGAUGCCGCACUGUCGUGUGAUAGCGACGAAGAAGACGAAUUUCACGACCUGAAAAUUGUGAAAAUGAGGAUCCAAACUGCGAUUUCUUCACGUCGAUUGAGUGUGAGUGAGAUCUACGUCCGCAAACUUCUCGAGUUAUACCAAAUCGUAUCGAAAAAAGUCUUUGUUGUCGUCGUUGGUCGCGGUGUAUGUGGGAAAUCGACUGCUAUCAACGUGCUGAGCUCCGUGUUCGCAGAAAAAGUGCCCAGCUCGGAGUCUACUUUGUUUGGAGAUCCUGACAGACAACUUCGCGCUGUUCGGCUGUACCCGGAGGCUUUCAACUUGAAAGACAUUUACGGAGAAGCGACAGGAGAUUCCGCCUGGGACGACGGAUUUUUCAGCCACUUCUUCCGUCAGAAUUGCGUCGACGUCGCCUCCAUCGACAACAACGUCGACUAUACACUCGAGAGUAUCGACGGAGACUCGUCCUUAAGCCCACAGCCAACGCGACGAAGGUCUGUAUUCAUCCCCGAAGAUGCUCCAACUAACCGGUCUUUGGCUCCUGCGUCGUGGAUUGUUUUCGAUGGAGUACAAGACGCAUUUACUCUACUGGAACCGCUUCGAGGUCUGAUGGAUUCUUGUCCGAAAGAUACAAAGAAAAUGACUUUACCCAAUGGAGACCAAGUGGAAUGUACACAACAGAGUCUGCGUGUCUUCUGCGAGGUUGAGAGUCUCCAACACUGGUCACCUGCUCUUCUAGCUCGCUGUGGUUUAGUCUACAUGCAGACUGAGCACAUAGUACCUUACACUCUCCUAAUUAAGAGCUGGUUGCAGCAACAACAACCUAAACGCAAACGCUCCAGCUUAGCGCAUCUGACCAAGUUACUCGAACCAACUAGUGAGUUUGUGGCCAAGUUGAUGAGGACGCAUUUACCGUCGCUUUUGGACGUUUUCAAGCGGUAUUGUCCUACAUUUCUCGAGUGUUCUCUCACUCACAUCGUCGCGAAUAUGCUGCAACUUGUCACUCCUUUUGUAGUGGAGAUCGCUAAGGGGGUCGUGGAAGAUGAAUCCGAGUGGAUGACUGACGCGAGGAUUGUGGUGGCGUAUGCUGCGACUAUUUCUAUCGGUGUGAUCCUCCCACGUUGUGGCAGGAUGGAAUUCCACCUCGCGGCUAUCAAGAUCGCACCUCACCUGAUAGAAGAGCAUCCGAUCUUCACUUUGGACGCUUCUGUUACACUUUUUGACGUCGGAUUGCGCUUCCAAGAUCACCGAGUUGUCUUGUUUCAGUGGUCUUCUUCAGUACUGGAGAGUUCCAAGCCAACGCGUCGAAGCAGCUUCGCGUAUCAAUCGCAGUUUCCUCGAAGAACCAGCGCAGUAUUGAAAGCUCGAGGGCGAAUUGUCACUAGUGAAGACAAGGAAGGAGACGACGAGUUAGUGGGGGACACGUCGACAAUUACGAGUCCGCUCUCCAUCAUUUACGUGCCUACUGCUGCUACCGUUAGCUGCAGUGCGUGGCUUACAAUGAUUGGAUUAGCUAAAGCGAAUGCGUUCGUAGUGGGUGAAUCUGGGGUCGGGAAGACGCUCGUGAUGGAGAAUUGUCUUCGCCAACUUGGUAAGAACGAGAGGGUGAGCGCUACUGCUCUGCAGAUUAACUGUACGACAACUGGCGUUGAUAUCCAGAGAGCGAUUGAGCAUGGAAUGACUGGUAAAUUGAAAGGUGCGCACUGUCCUGGAGUUGGAAAGCGAGCACUGGUGCUUCUGUUGGAGAAUCUCAAUCUCGACACUCAGGAUUCCUCGACGUUAGUGAAUGGACCAUGUUCUGCUAUGAUUCGACAAGUUAUCGAUGGAAAGGGGAGUUUUAUCAAGUCUACAAAAGAAUAUGUGGAGUUCCGAGAUUUAGCAAUUUGGUGUUCGUUUUCCUUGUCGAAUUUUGGAUAUCCUCGCGUUCCUGCUCGAUUAUUGCGGCAUUUUCACAUGAUGUGGCUCCCGAGCCAAACUGAUCAGGUGUUCGCACAAGUCGUUCCUAUGUUCAGUAAUUACUUCAGAAAACGCUACGAAGGCCCAAUUUUUGGAGAUGUGACUGGUAUCGUGUAUCGCCUGAGCCAGUUCCCCAUUCAAAUGUUCAAGAGAGGGAGAAAACUGUGGAAACUUUCGGCUGCCGCACCUCAUUUGCUCUUCAGUAUUGGCAGCGUCCUCUCGGUUUUUCUCAGCCUGAUGAACGCCUCAUUGUCACGAAUCCCUGCAGAUCCAGAGACCGAGUUUGAACUAUUAACCCUUUAUUUAACCUUACAGCUCCAUCGAAAUCGAUUCCUCGAACGGAUUAACCGUGAUCAACUCGAAUCUUCAGCUCGCCGGAUAGCCAAGAGACUCGGAUUUUCCUCCCAGAGUUUAUCAUUUCUGCGAUCUCCCUCAGAUUUUUUCUUCGCAGAUUGUGGAGAUACUGAAGGGAUCACGAAGAUAAAUGCCAAAACGCUCACAACGUUUUUCGUUGCAGGUGAGGAGCGUUUCCACUGGAACAGAAAAUCCGCGUUGAAAUUCGGAUUUUCUGUUCCAGAAUCCGGUGAGCUCAGUCCUCACAGCUCUCGUGGCAAAGGUACACGUUCUGUCGCAACAAAUGACGAAGGAAUCGGUCUCAACUCGUCGAAUUCUGUUCAGGAAACAGCAAAUGUACGACGAUCUUCGCUAGCGAUGUUCGCACUGAAAAAUGGUCUCCCAGACGAGAAAGUGACCACUUCUUUAUCGUUUCAUCAGUUGCAGAAUACUUUGGACGUCUUUAGUUUCCUACAAAGUGGUGCACGACAUUUACUGCUCAGUGGAUCAGAUACUGCUGAUCGACGGAGCACGACAAUGGUGGCGUGUGGAGCUUUAUCCUUCCAGUUUCGUGAAAUUUGUACCGAAUUGCGAUUACCGAUUUUUAUCGAGCACGUCAAAACUAUUGUACUCGACGCAGGUCUUAAAGCGACCCAAACAGUGUUGUACGCUGAAUUUGAGGAUUUAAACGCAGAGGAAGUGGCACUUUUAGUGUAUUUAAUCCGUCAAGAUGAUCUACCUCCUCACGUCUAUUCUUCGGCUGAUAAAGUGAAACUUCACACUAUUGACCACCAUCCAAAACCUCGACCAGCUUCUCCACUAACAAACAGAUCAUCGUUUUUACAGGACAUGUCAAGUGUCGAGAAAGGAAAAGUUACUGGAGCAAAGAAAACAACGCGGUCAUUAGCACAUUUACAAACAGUUUUUCGGGAAAAUGUGAGAAGAAGUCUCUACAUCGUGCUAUCUUUUGGGUGUGAGGCGAAACUAGUCGAAUUGAUGACUCAACAGCCGUCUGUAUACUACCGAUUUGUGUCAAAAACGUUCCCUCAAUGGCAGGAUGUUUCGGCUGAAGAAAUCUGCAAUAGUGCUCUGCAAGAAUGGACAUUACUGAAUGAAAAUCCAGAUAUUAUCGGCACAUUUUCAAGCGCGCAACUACGUGACAUGGUGCUGAUUAUCCAUCGUACAGCUGAAAGCUUUAAAAACGAUAGACUUUAUCAACGUUUACCAUCUUUUACCAUGCGUGGAAGGAGAUUUGGCGCUGUAACUACGCGACUGGAUGAUAUGCUACGAGUAUUUACAAUUCUGUUUGCGUUUCACCACAAAAAACUGGGAAAACAACUUCGUGAUUUAAGAAAAGUUCUAAAAUUUCUGACAAAGCGGUUGGCACAGACCAACGUACGCGUUGCGAAGGAAGAAACGAGUGAAAUUGCGCAAAGUGACGCCAGCCAAGCUGUCGUGGAUAUCGCAGCACAACUCGCAGCUCAAGAAUCCAUCGAGAAAGAGGCAAGGCGAUUGUUCCUACUUGAUGAAGAACGUUGUGUUAAAAUCCAGGGUGAAAUUGAGAUAAAACGCGCCAGUAUCCAACGCGAAUUAUCCAAAACCUUGCCAGAUGUUUUGGAGGCUACCGAGGCGUUAUCCCAGAUCAACAAAUACCACAUCGUCGAGAUGAAAUCCUUUACAAAUCCGCCGCAGCUAGUGCGCUUAGCCAUGCAAGCGGUGUGUGUACUGCUGGAUGUUCCACCGACUUGGAGUGAAGCGCUACGGAUUCUCGCAGAUAUUCGCUUUUUGGAUCGACUUCGGAACUUUGACAAGGAUAAUAUCGAUCCUUCCAUCAUGGAUCGUGUCAGAUUUUACGUGAAUCAUCCAGAUUUUUCCAUGGAGAACAUGAGACGCGCAUCUCUGGCUUCGACUACACUCUGCAAGUGGGUUUUGGCGUUAGUACGAUACUUUGAGGCGAUGAAACGCGUGGCUCCGACGCAGAAAUUGCUCGAUGAAAUAGAGCAGAGUUACCAUAUUGUCGUGCAGAGAGCAGACGCUGAGAAGAAAAAGCUCGUGGAUAUUGAGAUCCAUUUAUCCGAACUCCGUGUCCUUCAAGCUCAAAAAAUCCAGCGGGAAGCGGAACUCCAACGAACGCAAGAAACAAGGCAGCGCUACAAGUCGUCGGUCACGUCGUUUGGUCAAGUGAUCAAGCAGUGGCACGACGUCACAAAGGAGCGAUUAGAAUCUGUUGAAAAACAGCAAGAAAAUCUGCUUUUGGAUUGCGUUUGUGUUGCAACUUUGAUCAUUUUUGGAGCUGAAAAAUGCCACGAAGCACGCGAAAAACUCGUUUGUCAGUGUCAACAAGCAGUUCAAAAGAACUUUUCUUCAUACCCGAUGGCUGUGGAUAUACCGGCGCUGAUACAAUUGAGUGGAGAGGGAUUGACUACGCACUUCCAGAGGAGUAUUAGCGAUAUGUUAGAAGACGAAGACGAGGCGUUUGCUACCAGUCUUUUCCUCAUGGACCAGAUCCAGCAGGUGUGUUUUAAGAUUCCAUUCCUCGUCGAUCCUUUGGGCCGUGGGAUUUCAUGGAUUAAAGAGGCCUACAGCAACUCCACACCGUCGAAAGGAUCUCGAUCGUUUGGUGAGAACGUCGUGGUGGACGCUGGUGAUCCUCUGUUUCUACGCGCAAUUGAGACUUGUCUGGCUCAAAGUGCGCCACCAAUGGUACGUUUAUACACUAACAAGAACUGGUGGUUUAUCCUUAAACUUUGGAUUUUUCUGUAGGUUCUCGUUGAAAACGCUUCUGAAGGUGACGAGGCUGCGAUUGAAGCUGCACUGGAGUUAAUCGUAUUACUCAAGGAGAAAAGCACUUGUGCGGUAUAUUUCGCGGCCAAAUCUCUCGAUAAAGUGUUGUCUUGGACGCCUAAGACUUGGAGCCAUUUCGCUGUGGUCGACUUCACACCUACACGUCGGGACCUCGACAAUCAUUUCCUCACUUUAUUCUGUCACAAUUCCAGAGCAGCAGCACAGAAUGACAUUGAAUCCAUCAGGUCCAAGUUGAGCGUUGAAAAGUCACAAGAAGAAGCGCUUUUUCAGAAUUUCCUGGUGAAUUUGUGCGCUGCGAGCGACGAGGCGGCAAAGCCUUCAACUGCUGGUCUGAGUUCGACUACGGUAUCGAUUUUAUCGGCUUGGAUUUCGUCAGGGUCUGGUCAGCAGGGAUUUUGUAAUGAAGACUCGAUGGAGCGGAUUUCAACGCAGCUCGACGAUUUUAUGGCAGUUCGACACACUCGAAUGCAACUACAGCAGGAUCUCAGGAAUCUGUACACUGAACGAAGACAUGCCCUUCCAUUUGCACGUCGAUCGCGUGCCUUUGUACUGACUGAAGAAGGAUUGGCAAAACUCGGAUUAUCACUGCAUCUGUCACUGUCGCGAACGUUGGAUAAUAUCGGUGAAUCUCUCGUGGAUUCUCAGACAAAAAUCCAAAAGUCUUCUGAGGAAAACAAAAGCUGGUAUUUAAACGUCAGUGCACUCACUGCGCUAACGACUACAUCAUUUAUCCGCCAGCGACUAGCAGGCAUUCUGACGUCGUUGCACCGAACGUAUAUGUUUGUACUCGUUUUAUCUAUUGGAGAAAUCGAUGGUGAAGAUGAAACGUUUGAUAUCCCGCAACAGAUAUUUGCUGAGAACGUACGAGAAAGAAUCCUUCCUCUGUGCUCAAGACGCAAUUUAAGUUGCCACCAUUCUGGCCAAGGCGACGACUGUAACCUAAAUAAUGCGGCCAAACUGACAGCUCAGCGAUUUGUGGACCAGAUCGUCGAGGCAGCACUAAUAUCCACAGCUACUUCAACAUCAUGUACACAACUCGACGACGAGCUCUUGGCAGCUUUUGUGAAGAUCAAAAAAGGAUUUCUGCACUCCUGUGAGCCAGCUGUCCAAGCUCUGUACCUCAACAUGAUCGAGAAUGCGAACGACUGGAAGAUUUACAUUAAAUCUACUUUGGCAUAUGAACCAGCAGAUGAAUCUACGAAUAUCCAAAGCCCUCGAAACGCCAAAUCUCCAUGGAUAAAAUCCAUUCAGUGGCCGAAGUGGAUGAUGAAGCACUUUCGACUGCUUGGGCGUCUUCAGAUCCACUUGAGUUUAUUCGACUCCCUCCCGCUUAGAUUAAUUGAUGAUCUCAUAGCUACACACCUCGGAGAACGCGAAAUGAACUCGAUUUUAUCGGAGGGAAUCGUUAGACCAAGUUUGGAUUCCUUGGUAAAGAACGCUAAUUCCUCCACUCCGUUGCUUGUUCUUACCAACUCGAGCGAAUUUGCGGCUAAUGGAUCGUCUUCUGUACGACAUUGUGCGAGACGAAGUGGAAUUCCCGUUGAAAAGGUUGUCUACAUGUCAGUUGGCCAUGACGCCACAGCGAAAAAUCCGGUAAGUAUUUGGUCUUACCGUGAAAUAUCUGCCACGACAGACUCGGUAGUUCGUGCUGUUACCGCUGUGACGAGACUGAAAGAGCUUUCGACAAACUCGGGGUGGAUAAUCAUCGAUGGAGCUAAUACUGCUUCUGCGUCUUUAAGUAUCACGAAUGCACUGCGUCUUCAGAUUGCGCAUCUGAGUGGCGUCAAAUCCACACAUCACGACUUUCGCUUAUGCAUAGUGGAAAAUCUAGCAGAUUCUUUGGGUGACUUGACGCUUCCAGCUCAUCGUCUCUUCUUGGAGUCACCACAAACACUCAAACAGCUCUACGACUCCUUCUUGCAGUCCGAACAAGAGCGCAAAGAAGCAGAAACGAAUCUAGAGAAGGCACAACAUAAAGAAGAAGCUCCAAAGCGUCCACCACCGCUGUCUCGCCAUGCCUCGUCCAUUUCAUCAUCUCUUCAACGCGGCAAUACGGAGCAGCAAGUUCGAGCAGCUCUGUGGUUGUUCCACUCGACUUUUCGCCUUCAUCUUGAGGCCACAGGGUCCUCAAUUCCGACCGAUCUCUUCAUCUCGCAGUACGAGCUUGACCGAGUGACGCGUUUAAUCCAGCUGCAUCUUCAUCAACGCGUGGUCGCUUCCACUGUCACUUCUGGGACGUCUUCACUUCAAACAGCACCACCGUCUGCUGCAGCAACGGAAGCACACUGGAAAACAUUAAUGGAGCUGGCAGUGUUGAUUUAUUUGAGUCGUCUGUGGGGUGACAGUCGAGAUAACCAAUGUCGACAACUGCUGACCUGGUGCUUCCACUCCAACACCCGGGAUCACAACACAGAGCAAGAAUCCGUACUAUCUCGUAUCCUACAGCUACGACAACGCCUUGCUAGCUCCACAAUGAGCCCAGGUUCAACACUUUUCGAAAAGGUUGAGUUGGAUUUUCUGCCUGUUGAUUUACAGCGUCAACAACACGAGUACGAAUCAUCGUCACUACUCAAGAAUUUGUUAACUAUCUACGCUUAGGACGGAGACUCCUGCAAGACUGUGGCCGAUCUUCUACUGCGUGCGCGAAGUCGCUUGGAAGCGUAGUUCAGGACAAAAAUUGUACUCAGCUGAAAAGUAACACGAAAGGUAAUUCUACCAAAAGUAUUGUAG